AGAUAAAGAGUCAGAAAAAUCCCUUGAAUGUCAUUGGAGAUGAAUCCUUCCUCUGAAUGUCAUUGGAGAUCGAUCCUUGUCUGUGAACUGUGGCCAGCAAUGGAGGACUCCAAUCAAAGUCAACAAAGUCAAAUAGCUCACGUCUUUGUUGACUUGGAUUGGAAUCCUCUAUUACAAUGGAAUUUGCGAGCUGUGUGGCGGUUCCACUAGCGAGAAUGGGCAUCGAUGCUCUUCAAAAGGUGUGGUCUUGGGAUGCAAACCUCGGAGUUCUCGAGCACAGGGCCGCCAACAUCAAUGCUAAGAUCGACGCAUUUGAUGCUCCCAAGCACACCAAUCCAGGAUUCAAGUUCUCGGACGCAGCGGAGGAGUGCUUGGAUCGCAUCAAGGCUUGGAAUCACAAAGCCCAAGAGCUGCUGGUCGCCAGGAGGAACAUCUGGAACCCCAAAGUACGGUAUGAGAGAUAUGGUGCGAUCGACGAAGCCAUUCGUCUCUACGAUGAUCUUCUCUCCCAAAUCGAGAGCUACGAACGAGAGCUGGAAUUGGUAAAGCGCAGUUCCAGCUAUGCCGUACGGACUUCUCCACAGGACAAGGGUGUUGCGAGAACUUAUGUACGGCGCGUGGUUCCUGAGACCAUCUUUGGCGGCGUGAUGCUAGAUAAGGUGGUGAAGAUCCUCCUCGCGGAUAAUUCUCAUGACAUGUGUGUGGGAGUUUUGGGGAUGGGUGGAUGUGGAAAGACCACUCUUGCAAGCUGCGUCCACAAUGAUCCAAGGAUCAGGGAGUACUUUCAGGACAACAUCGUGUGGUUCACAGUGGCCAAGGAUGCUUGUGAGGAUAGUCUCAAGAGCCAAGUUAUUCAUGGCCUGGAAUGGGGUGACAAGCUUGACAUGGUGAAAGCUUGUAGUAAGCUUGAGGAUAUGAAACACUUUGCAAGGGAGGUUUGUGGUGGGAGAAAAGUUCUUCUGAUCCUGGACGAUGUAUGGCAAGCUAAUCUUGCAAGGAACUUCAUUGAUUUCGUGGAUCAAAAGUCUUCAUCUCGGGUGCUUGUGACGACCAGGAAGGAAGAUGUUCUAAAAAAGCUCCAGGCCAGAGUUAUCAGGGUCCGUUUGCUGCCGGAGGGUGAAAGCAAGGAGAUGUUUUGGAAGUUUGCAUUCGGACCUCGAUCAGGAUCAGGAAGCUUGCAUAAGUUUGAAGAUCGUCACCGCGUUGAAAAGGUGGCGGAGAGAAUCGCUCGAAAGUGUGAGGGCCUACCUCUAGCUCUUGAAGUCGUUGGCAGUGCCAUGGCUGUUUACAGAGACCACGGGUCCCGAGUUUGGAAAGAACGUUACCGACAGUUGCACUUGUCCAACGACGAUGAUCUUGAGAAGCUCAUGUUCAAGCGCUUGAAGUUUAGCUACGACGAGCUGGGAAACAACGAUGAUAAGUUGCAAGAGUGCUUCCUUUACGUGGCUGCGUUUCCAGAAGAUGCCAGGAUAGAUUUCGAAGACUUGAUCAAGUGUUGGAUAGCAAGCAACUCACAGCUCUCCUUCAAGGAGAUUGCGAAAGAACUGGAGCGAAGAUCGAUGAUCAAGGUGGUGAAUGAUGCAGAUGACAAUCCGUUAUACAUCACGGUUCAUGACAUGCUACGCAAACUUUGCAUUAGAGUUCUGAAGGGAAAGUUCCAUUCUCAAGCGCAGCACGAAGAGAAAUGCUUCUUUGGACAUGAGUGGAAACCAAGCAUGGACGAGAGGGCCAACAAAGUCUCCUUUAUCUCCAAGAAUGUUCGAAGCCUGCCAUCAAACUUAUCUGUAAGAGACAUGGUCUUGCUCGAUGGGAACAACAGGUUUAGCGUUUUGGACGAAGACUUGAUAGACCGGAUCAAGGAACUUAAGGGACUAAGCUUGAAGGGAACAAAGGUGGAAUCCAUUCCACCAGGGAUCUCCAAGCUCACGAGGCUUGAAAUGCUCGAUCUUAGAAACACGUGGAUAAACCACAUUCCAGUCGAGAUCAUGGAGAUAGAAUCACUCCAAUACUUGAAAUGCGACAGCAAUGUCAGGAACUUUGGUUUCGAUAUGCUCUACAAGCUCUCAAACUUGAAGGAGCUGACAAUCCACGCGAGUGACACAGAGGUGGUGGACUUAACAGGGAUUUCCAGCGCCACACAUCUGCGGCAUUUGGAGAUGAUAGGCUCGUCCUCGUCGAGCGGCUUGAUCAUACUCUCGGAAGGAUUCACGGCUUUGGAGCAUCUCGAGACAUUGUUUUUGGUGUCCAGGAACAUCGAGUUUCGGCGAGUUUCUGCUGGAUCUGGACGCUUCAAGGAGCUGAUGCGAUGCGAGAUCAUUUGCAUGUCGAGUAGAGGAGCUCGCUGGAGCAGCCUGUUCAAAGGAUCACUCAAUCUGCAAGUCUUUCGAAUCACGGGAGUGGAAGAAGAUCAAACACACGACGAAGGUUUCACGUGGAUCGAGAAGUGUCAUGGGCUUCGAGUUUUUGACCUUUACAACCAUAAGAUGAAGAAUCUCUCCUGUCUCCAUCGAUUGAAACGUCUCGAAGAACUCCACCUUAUCUGCGAUGGCGUUGCGUGCCAGCAGCUAGCUCCGCCAGGUUCUUUCCCAAACUUGAAAGAGCUCAAACUCGACUCUUUCCCGGAAUCGCUGCAGCUGGAUCCCAACUUCAUCACUUCAUCCGCCAUGGAAAACUUGAAAACGCUGCACUUGAGCUUCGCCACUGCUCGCGAUCACUUGCCUCUCUUUGUGACGAGUCUCCCAAGCCUCAAGUUCUUGACUGUCGAGGGCUACAUGAGAAACCUUGUGUCCACCACCAUCACCUCGUUUCCAAGUAGCCUCCAAGAGCUACACCUCUACUCUUACGAGCAGCUGCCGGAUGAUUUCUUUGCGAUCCAAGCCAAGCUCAUUACCGUGCAGUGCUUACUUCUAAGCAGCCAACAAGGAAAAGAUAGAGGAAAUUGGCAGAAAAUCCCGGCAUCCAUCUCUUUGCUUCCCUGUGUUUCAUCGCUUGAUACUGACGUGGGACAUGCUUCAAGACCUUAGAAGUGAGCUUUGGAGCCGCCAUGCCCAACAUUCUGAAAAGCAUGCAGCUGAACCUUCAAGUUUUGUACUGAACAGUGGAGUGUUCAUUAUUGUAAAUUUAGAAAU